UCUCGGCUUCUCUCUCUCUCAACCCGGCCUCUCUCCCACUCUUAUUUCCCUUGUUCUUUCCUUGUUUUUAAAUAAUAAUUUUAUCUCACCUUCUCUCUUCGUUCCCGUUCUCUCCCUUUAAUCCUCUUCUUUCCGUCGUAAAAAUUCGAUCUUUUCGGUUCUUUGAUCUGAUCGUGGCGAGAAUACUAGACUCUGCUGCAAUCAGUAAGAACCGCGGAGGAGGUGAAGCGGCGCUGCUGUUAGAGCUCCCAGUCGGAGGAUUUUUUUUUUCUCUGUUGUAGAUUUCCGUUCGUGAUUUGGGAUGGGUUGCUUCCCCUGUUUUGGAUCGCCCGACCAGGAGAAGGAGGGGAAAAGUGAGGUGAAGGGAGGAGGGGAUUUCAAGCAGGAAGCUCCGGCAGCCCCAUCGUCGCAUCAUGUGGCGAGGGUCAGCUCUGACAAAUCGAAGUCCAUGAGCGGUUCAGAGUCCAAGAAGGAAGCUUCAAUACCCAAAGAAGGAAAUGGUGCGCAUAUUGCAGCACAGACUUUCACUUUUCGUGAGCUUGCUGCUGUUACCCAGAACUUUAGGGCAGAUUGCUUUUUGGGUGAAGGAGGCUUUGGUCGUGUAUAUAAAGGACGAUUGGAGAAUGGACAGGUUGUUGCUGUGAAACAGCUUGACAGGAAUGGCCUUCAAGGAAAUAGAGAGUUUCUGGUGGAGGUUCUUAUGCUUAGUCUCUUGCAUCACCCUAAUCUUGUCAAUCUGAUUGGUUACUGUGCUGAUGGUGAUCAACGCCUACUCGUUUAUGAGUUUAUGCCACUGGGAUCACUAGAAGAUCACUUACAUGAUCUUCCAUCUGACAAGGAGCCCCUUGACUGGAAUACACGGAUGAAGAUAGCAGCUGGUGCAGCUAAAGGAUUGGAAUACCUGCAUGAUAAGGCAAAUCCUCCAGUAAUUUACCGAGAUUUCAAAUCAUCUAACAUCCUUCUUGGAGAAGGAUAUCACCCAAAACUGUCAGACUUUGGGCUUGCAAAACUUGGUCCUGUAGGUGACAAGACUCAUGUCUCAACAAGGGUGAUGGGAACAUAUGGUUAUUGCGCUCCUGAGUAUGCUAUGACUGGACAACUUACAGUGAAAUCUGAUGUCUACAGUUUUGGUGUUGUCUUCCUUGAACUAAUUACAGGGCGUAAAGCAAUCGACAACACUCGGCCUGCUGGGGAGCAAAAUCUGGUGGCAUGGGCUCGACCAUUAUUUAAAGACCGAAGAAAAUUUCCCAAAAUGGCUGACCCGUUGCUACAAGGCCAUUACCCAGUGAGAGGCCUAUACCAGGCCCUGGCUGUUGCAGCAAUGUGCUUACAGGAGCAAGCGGCAACUAGACCUCUUAUAGGAGAUGUUGUGACUGCACUUUCAUAUCUUGCUUCACAAGGUUAUGACCCGAAUGCUCCUGCUCAAAAUAAUAAAGUUGGUCCAUCUACUCCUAGGGCUAGGGACGACCGAAAAAGCCUUGGUGGUGGGAGCCAUCAACAUGGUGUUCAAUCACCACAUAGAAAUUCUCCUGACUUCAGGCAGAGGGAUCUUAUCCGAGGAGCAAGCUAUGGAGCAGAUAUUGGCAGAGGUGGUGCCGGUGGUGGCUCUGGACGGACAUGGGGGUUGGAUGAGUUAGAGACAGAGGUAUCUCAGAAGGACAGCCCAGUUGACAUCGGAAAGGAAAGGGAAACCCCAAAGAAUGUCCACCGAGAUUUCAAUAGAGAGCGUGCUGUUGCCGAGGCUAAAGUAUGGGGUGAAAAUUGGAGAGAGAGAAAGCGGACAUAUGCACAGGGUAGCUUCGAUAGCACAAAUGAGUAGCUGAGAGGUGGUUCCAGACAACCCUUUACCGGGUGCAUUUGAUCUUUGUUGGUCUUAUAGCAGAAAUGCAUGUAUAGGUCAGCACUCUGUGGAUCAGAAGGCAUCAUCUACACCAUCUUGGUUCCAUGUUCUCUCUGUGAAUAAGAUUGAUGUUCUCUGUCAUGAGUGCUGCUCCUUUUGUAAUUUUUCGGUGGAGAAUCAGGUCAGAUGCCUCUCCAGGUAUUUCCUGGAUGGAUGUAAAGUGUUUUAUGAGUGGAAGCCUUGUCAUUUCUCUGUGAUGAAAACCAAAGAUAAAAAAAUGCAUCGAAAAUAUAGAAUUGCAUUCCAGAGCAAAAACAUGUAGCCUAGCACUGGUAUGUUUUAUGUGCAAUUUGUUGCACUUUGUAUUUAGGGCAUUUCGAGCCUAAAGUACAAGAAACGAUUGUCAUAAUUUUUGUCCAUAGAGUUGAAUCGGAGUUUCCUUUGGUAAUACCUAUAUUUCAUAUGACUAC